AUGCGCGCGUUCGCGGGCGUCCUGGGGCGUCGCGCGGUGAUUCGCGCGCGCGGCGUCGACGCGUUCGACGUGAUUCAGGGCACGAUGACGUGUGACGUCGCGCGAUGUGGACGCGCGACGUACGGCGCGGCGUUGACGCCGAAUGGGAAGAUUGUCGUCGACGCGUUCGUCGCGGCGCUCGACGGCGACGCGACGCGCGGGACGGGUGAGUACGUCCUGGACGUCGACGCGGCGAAGAUGGAUGAGACGAUGAAAUGGUUGCGACGGAUGAGUCUGCGGAAACGAUGCGUCGUCGAGGACGCGCGCGAGGCGUUUGACGUCGUCGUGUCGACGCGCGCCGAGGAUGGCUUGGCGCCGGAUCCGAGGUCGCGCACCGCGAGUGGGGUCGCGCUCGGGUUUCGAGGCGUCGCGGCGAAAUCGUCGUCGGCGGCGCGCGAGGACGCGACGUUUUUACACGCGAGUCACAGAAUCGCGCUCGGCGUCGGGGAAGGGUACGAAGAACUCGGGGGGACGUUUCCGUUGGAGUGUAAUUUCGACGCGUUGGACGCCGUGAGUUUUUCAAAGGGAUGUUACGUCGGACAGGAGAACACGGCGCGACAACGAUUUCGAGGCGCCGUGCGCAAGCGCGUCGCCCCCGUGGUUUUGCGUGAGGGCGUCGGUCGUGAACGCGCGAGGGAGUUGAUCGGUCAGAGCGUGGUGAACGAGCGAGGCGAUAGGGUCGGUGAGGUCAUCGCGAGCGUGGACGGCGCGCGGGCGCUCGUGCGCGCGCGCGUGCAAUUUCUCAGAGACGCGCUCGGCGACUCGGACGGCGUCCUUCGUCUGCGCGCGGGCGAUCACGACGCGACGUUCACGGUGCCCUCGUGGUGGCCCGAGAGUUACUUGGCGAGCGAGGAUUGA